ACUUGACACUUCAUCAAGUGGCCUGCUGCGUGGUUGUGCUCGGCGUUCCUGUUCGACAAAAAAUAAAAUCAGUGCCACCUUUCCGGGAUUUUUCCAAGUGUUUUAAACGAUGGACCAGGGCAACAACGGCGGUGGCCGCAAGGAAAUCUCGGAGGAACCGCCGAUGAGCCGGCUGUUUGUGAUCUGCGGCCGGAACAUUACGCGGGACCAGUUGGUCCGGCACUUUGAAGACGACGGCGAGAUUGAGGAGUGUGUCGUUAUUGUGGACAAGAAGACCGGCCAGGGCAAGGGGGUGGCGUACGUGAAGUUUACCCAGACGUCGGCCGCGGCCCGGGGGCUCCGGAAGAACGGGUCCUACAUUGAGAAUGAGACGCGGCCGAUUAAGGUGAUGAUUUCGGCGAGCUACCAAAAGAAAAAGGAAGACGGCAGCCCGGAGGAGGUGAACGAGUUCAAGUUCCGGCGACUGUUUGCUGUGCUACCGAUCUCAAAGACCGAGGACGACAUCCGGGACGAGUUUAGCCAGUUUGGCAACGUGACCCAGAUUCGCCUCGUACCGGACAAGAAGAACCAGUCGCAAUGCGCCGCGUACAUUACGUUCAGCACGUUCCUGGAGGCGGCCCUGGCCAUCGAGGGGUGCGAAUUCAGCUACCGGGCCAAGUUCUGUCUGCCGCGGGAGAACCUGAAGCAGAACCAGCAACAGCAGCAGCAGCAACACUAUCAGGGUAAUCAGUACCAAAACCAGGGCAACGACGGAGGCCGGUACGGAAAUGGUGGCGGCAAUAAUGGCAAUAAUGAGUACAGCCGAAAGAGGACGCACUCGCCGGAGAAUAACCGCUCCGGUGGGGACGUCAAGCUGGUGGUCAUCUGCAGCAGUGGAUUGAACCAAGACCGUCUGUGGAGGCUGUUUGACAUUGCUCCGGGCAUGAAGUACUGCAACAUUGUCACUCAAAACGACAUCAACACGACGGCCUCGGUUGUCUACGCAUGUCGCGAAGAGGCCCAAAGAGCUUUGGAUAAGAUCCACGGCUUGGAGUACCCGAUCGGAGAGCGCAUCAUCGUCCGCUACGAGAACGAGUUCCGCGACGAGAUGCAAAACUGCGACAUCCUAGCUCCGCUCGGACCUCCCAAGCCGAUUCUGGGCCACCAGAAUGCGCAGUGCGCCAAGAAGGCCUUUUUCAUCUGCAUGCCGGAAGCCAUUUCGGUGAAGCUGCUGCAGGACGCGUUCUGUCGAUUCGGCGAUCUGAUCAACGUGUACUUGAUCCCCGGCAAGCGUCACGGGUACGCCGCGUUCGCAAGUGAAGUGGCCGCCGACCGCGCAAUCCAGCAGCUUCACGGAAUCCAGCUCGGCGACUGCAGGCUGAAGGUGCUCGAGUGUAUGGAGCAGAACGAGUCCAAGAGGAAGCGGCCGAUGGAUCAAUCUUAAGAAUUUUAAAACUCUGAACGCAGACAAAAUGAACGUUGAAACUAGAGGAAAACAUCGGAAGUGAAAUUUGAAUUAAUUGUUUGAAUUUCGGACGAUAGAAGAACAAACAAGACACUACUUGAAAGCAGGAAGAAUAUCAGCUGAGCCUGUUCACGUAAUGAUACAUGAUGAAAAUCAAAUGUAAGCACAUAAACAAGUAAUUUGAUAAAAUAGAAUCGUAGAAAUAUCAAACACAUCCUACAUAAACACAAUUCUGAAAGCUGGAAUGUAUAAAAAUUUGCUACAAUUGAAAUCUAAUAAAAUUAAACAAAUAAACUAAACCUUCUGAAAGAAAUGAACGUUUAUAACGCAGCAUAACCUGAAUGAUGAACCCUUGAAGGCAUUUGAAAUUCAUGAUUGAAUUAUUUCCAACUAGUUUCUUUUUUAUAGGUCCACCUCCCAAACUUAUUAUUUAAGUAUUAUUUACCGCCGGCAAGGCGGUGAUGAAAUAAACGAUACAAAUAAAUCAAACAA